UUUUCCCCCCCCCCCUUUAUUAUCCUCCCCCCACUUUCCCCCUAUUUUCCUUAUUCCCCCCCCAGUGGACGCAGAGCGGAGCAGGCAGGACGCAGCACAGCGCCGAGCCCCCAGCACACACAGUGCAAAAUCAUGAGAAAAACACACAUGCUGGCGAGGGAUGCUCCGAGCUGAACGUGAGUCCCGGGGCUGUGAUUUGUGCCCUCCAGUCCUAACCAGAGCUGGGCUGCGGGGCGAGGAGAAGGCAGCCACAGCUUUUGGAGGGCCAGAUGUGGUGGUUUAACAGAGAAACGCGUGGGAAAUACCCCAGACCCACACCCUGCUGCGUGGCUCUAACGCAGGCUGUGAGCAGCAAUCCGCAGCAGCACAGCCAGCUGAGUGCAGCUCCUCCUGUGUGCACACCAAAUAUCCGAACGUGGAAAGCAUCUGCAGCUUCUCCGGUGAGGGAAGGAAUGGUGGGGAGAAACAAACAGCUCAGGUUUGAAGGUCCUGAAGCAUCAGGGAGAGGCGGGGAGGGAAGUCGAGCGGUUCAGCGCAGAGCUGGUCGCCUUUGCUCCGUCCUUCUUAAAAUUCACCUCUCCUCUGUGCUGCACACAGCAACCAGCAGAGCCCUGGGGAGCUGGAAAUGCAGAGCUGCAGGGGAUGGGGACUGGCUUUGUGCCACACCGAGAGCGAUGUCCCCCAGAAGAAGAGAUGUGGGCACCAACGGCGCUGAUGCUCCAGGCUGUCCCUUCCCCUGCAGGUGUCCCUGCGUGCUGUCACUGCUGCGUGUGCACCCCAAACUUUGCCAUCCCCAUCUGAAAGCACGGGGAAUCCAUCCACCUCCCCACGUUGAGUUCUUCCAGCUCAUAAAUGCCUCUUCUUAUCCGAGGGAAAGAGAGAUGGGAAACAAAACCUGUCCUCAAAAGUACCCCAAAGCAACAAGCCCACGGGGAAAUGGGCUGCUGGGGCUGAACUGCCACCCAGCUCAGGUGUCACACAGGUGGGGACGGAGCACCCAGCAAACCGAUGUCCUUAAAGGACAAGGCAGGGACAGCAGGGGCUGCUCGCCCCGAGCCGAGCCCAUCCUUGGCAUCUCCACGUGGCCAGCUGUAGGGCCAUGGGCCCAGAAGCCAAGUGCCCAGAAAGCUUUGGGCAGAGCACACGGCAGGAGCAUUUCCCACCCCCAGGAGUUGUUCUGGCUCCCUUAUCCCCACGGGCACCAGCCAGAGCACCGCGGUUGCCCACGCUGGGUACCAAAACGAUGCUAAAACAACACCUGUUGGGGCAGAAACCAUCUCACCCAGGCACCAGGGGCUGCAGGAGGGUCCCCACACCCAACGCAACCCCUGCUGACCCCUGGCCGCCCCACGGCUCUCCCGGGGCCGUUCCCCCCCCCAAACUCCCUGUGCCCGGCCCCGCAGCACCCACGGCUCCUCCAGCAGAGCCCUGUGCCCAACAAAGCCUUCCAGCCGGCAGCGCCCGGCUCCUAAUUAUGAUUUCCUUCAAGACGAUCCCAGCAGCGAUAGACAAAACCUCCCCUCUGGUCGGAGCUGGAAUGCCGUGUCCUAACGACGGCUUUUGUACCGCGCCUGCUGGAGGAAAGAGCGCGGCAGGAGGGGGGAAAGGGAGAUUUAAUUAUAGAGCCGCAUUGUGAUUUCGCACACAUAGCUGGCUGCUGUAAUCAGGUUACAAGUGUAGCUCAUUUUCCUCCCUCCCCUCCCUCUUCCUCCUCUUUUUCUUUCUUUUUUCCCCCCUCUCCCUUUUUCCUCUCGGAGCUCCGAAGCGGUCGAUGAGCUCCGUGUGUCGCAGAGCCGCACCGGCACCGGGCUGCCCCCACUCAUCCCCCGCCCCCCCGGCUUCCCACAGCUCCGGGUGAAGAGGAGGAGCCCCUUUUCCCUCUCUUGGGGCGGGAGGAGGAAAAGCAUCUUUUAAACGCAACUUUGUGUGUUUUUUCUAUCCGGGCAAAGCGAUGCCGUGCUCAGUUUCGGACCGUUCUGAGGUUCAUUUAGGAACCUAUUGUUGUCCGUGCGAAUUCUUUUUUACAUUUCAAAUAACAGGAUUAUUUCCCCAGGGGGUAAUAUCCUGUAAUUUGAACACAAUAAUGGGAAUAAAUUACUUACUUAGAACUAAUAACGACAGCCUGAUUCCAAUAUAUAUAGGAACUGUAACAGCUUUGGUUAGUUAAAGUGUAAUUGUGUCGACGGAUGACAUUUUCUUUCAAAGGAAUCUGAACGACUUUUAAUUAAAUUUGCCGAGGGUGGGGAGGAGAGGGAGGGGGAGACGCCGGCAUCCCAGCACCCCGAGCGCGGCACCCAGCACAGGGGACCGCAUCCCCCAGGUGCCACUGCCGGCACUUGGCGUUGCCAGCAGGCAGUCCUGGUUGGUACUGGGUGAUGCUCCACCUCCACCAUCGGUGGCAUUUGGCCACUGGGACGCAGGGAUGCUGCAGGGUGAGAGUGCUGGGUCCCCAUGGCAUCAUCCUGCCCUGCGGGCACUUCUGCCCCGUGGCAUCCCCACUCUCCCCCAAUGGGUUUCGCUGCCUGUUGCCCUUUGUGUUUAUUUGCAGCCCUCGAAGUUCCCUUUGGAGAAGAAGGAAUUUACAAAAGCCAUCUUUCCACCCCAGCCCGCGCAGCGCCAAGUUCCUGCCCCGAAAUAUCUCGGCGAGGAGCUCUGCCAGCGGCUCCGUCCUCCUCCAGGACUCGUUUUCCUCUGUUUAUCUUGAAAAUAUUUCUGUGCUGAGGUCCCACCCAGCGGCACACAGCCCUGCAAGGCCGCCUCCAGCCGACACACAGCCCUUGUUUACGUGGAGCAGAGCCGGCUGAGCCCAGGCUGGUGCUGGAGGAGAAGCCCUCCGAGCACAGAGCGCCCCGCCACCACUGACACACAGAUGCCUCCAGUUGCUGCUUGGGGAGUUUCUCAUGGUUUGACGUGAUAAUAACAGCAAAGAAUGCUGUGCUUGGAUCUCCUAGAGCUCUGCUGAGAAUUGGGCACAUCCCGGGGCGCAGCGAUGCUCCAUCUCUGGUCCAGCUGUCUGCAACAACCGCCCUGCAGCAGCACGGAGUUCUGCAGGAGCUCGUUGUGAAGGUUUUAGGGUAGAUGUGCCGGGGUUUGUGGCAGAGGGCUGGGAUGGGAACCCUGCUGUCCCCUCACCACCCCGCUGCUGCAUCUGACCCCAAUUUGAGGCACCCACCCCGAGCAUCCCCUCCCCGAACCGCUCUGCGCCCACAGCAUCACCCCGUGCAAACAGCCUCAAUCACAGCAACGCUUCCAAGCCCGGCCAGCAGGAUUGAGUUACCUGCCUUGGAAGAAUAAAGGAGGCAUUCAGCCAGA